AUGACGAUGAAGUACGGUUACCGUGUUCCUAUUUUUAUCAGUGCAGCAGCGUUCUUGAUCUCAUUCUUCUGGGCUAUUGUCGUCAAUCGUGAGAAGGUUGACUCCGUGGAGGUUCUUAUUUUCUGCAUAUUUUGCGGUUUAGAUGGAAUGCUUACGAUUGCUUUGCCUGUGUAUUUUACAAAAAUUCAAGUGAAAAAAUUCGUUUGUAUAAACCGAUUCAGUGAAUGGAACCAUUGGUUCUUCUUGUUUUUUUGCUCGCAAUUGUUUCGCAUCACAAUCUUUUCGAGUGGAGGUCAUGUCGAGCCCAGAAUGAAAGACACAGUAUUGCUCUCGCUUAUCCCAUCAGCACUUAUACUUUGUGGUACAGACCUGGUGGACCAUGGUUUCUUGCCAUAUUGUCCAGCGAUAGUAGAUAUCUACGAUGGGAUUGAGAUGUACUAUACUAAAUUGAAUCCAACAAACCCGGUGUGGGUACAAAUCACGAUUUGUUUGGCUAUUAUCAUGUUCUACAUUCCUUCAGUCUUGGAACUAUAUCUUCUAAACUUUCCUGAAUUGAAAUAUGGAUCGAUCUCGUCUGAACGAAAAGUUAAGCUUUGUCAAUUCGUUUGCUGUUGUGUUUUCCUCGUUGUUCGUAUGAUGUUGUAUGCAUAUAAGCCACACGAGAUUAUUUUUGCUGCCAAGACUUUUAUAAGAGUGUACUGCCAUUACAAAUCAUGGUCAAAUAUGAAUUCUGCACCACAGAUUGUUCCAAUUCAGGUGACCGAAAUCUCGACAGAAUUCGAAAAAGCCUUGUCCCUCGUCAAUGAAAGUCCAAGCUUGCAUUAUAUGAAUACAGGGAAAUCAGGCGGCAAAACACAGAGAUGCAGCGAAAUACCCCUCACCUUCAGCAUAAACAUAAACAUAACCACAUAUGUCUAAUGAGCUUCAAAAGCGAAACAAAACAUACAUUUCAAAAGAAACUAUUCUUUCCGCUUUGUCUUGUCAUGGUCAGUAUUUCUUUUGUAAUUGUACAGUCUUGUACAUAAUUUAUUUUACUCGUAUAAUGCAAAUGUUAUUGUUGGCCACAAGAAUCAUUGAACAUUGAAGCCGAUCGAGAUCGAAAUAAUUAAUACUGUUUAAUUAGGGAUUUAAUAGGGAAUGCAAGGUAUAAUAGCAAUCGGCUAGAAAAUACAAUCCAUUAAACUCAAUAUGAAUAUAUGGAUACAUGUUGAGUUAUCUGUGUCUGUACAGGUAGUGUCAAAUAGAAAGGUUCGAUUGAUAUAGAGAUACAACUACCGCAAAAAUACAAGAUAACUACGUUCAAAUGACUAACUAAGUUCACUGGCUUCCCGACGAAGGGCCUUCCCUCGAGACGUCGAAGUUCUCCUUGUAUUUUUCAGGUAGUUGUAUUCUAUCAAUCAGAAGCUUUCUUGUUUGCAUGCAUGGGCGAUGUUUUUUUAUUUUGGAUUAUUUUAUGGCGUGUACGUAUGUUAACCCAGGUUUUCCAUGAGUCCAUGACAUGAAAAUGUAGACCAGUUUGCUCGGAAUACAUCUAAAAAAUACAUCUAGAAUAGGGUUCAAGAGGUUGACUCCGUGUCAAUAUUGAUUAUUGGUAUUUCAUUUUGAAUAAAUUCAACAUGACUAGAGGUGCAGAAGGAAAAAUAGUCCAUUUAACAAAAGAAACAUUGUUGUGAAAAAUUAUUGAAGAAUCAUAAAUGUUUUCAUGGGCUUGCUACAGAUAAUCAUGUUAUAUAUUUAGUUCAGAUGCGCAAGGACAGUUUAUAGUUGGGCAAAUGCUUUGCAUGUUGUUAUGAUAUAUGAGAAGUGCCGAACGAUAAUCAGCUUUGCCGAGACUUAAUACCUUACAAUAAAAACAAAUCUAGGUAUUUAAACAAUACAGGCUAUGCCGAGAUGCCGAGGGGUGUAUUAAUACUCUGCACAAAGCGUACGAGACGUUUUGCGAUUUCGAAAUACCUGCAAUAUAUCCAUGCAUCACGUGUAGGGAUUUUGUGAUUUUCUGUGAAUAUUAAAAGACAUUUUGACUUGAUUUUCGGUAUUUGCAUAGAGAUUUUGCGGAGUUUGGAAACGAUUUUUGGAUCGUCAGGGAUUUUACGGCAAUUUUAGGGAUAUUGUGGGGAUUUUUCGACAAAUUUCGGCAAGAUUCCGGGAUUGUUUUGGGACAUUUUUUUAAUUUCUGAGGAAGUACAUUAAACAUUUCCUACUAUUCAUGAGGUACAAAUCGCACAAUGGCGCCAAAAUUAGUUGAAUCGAUUUUCGGGUGAUGUCCGUUGCAUGAAAAAAACGUCGCUUUCUUAAGCUCACAAAUUGUAAAUAAUUAUAUGUAGUUAUCUAAUGUAAAAGUAAAAUAUAUUUAGUUUAUAGCUCAAAAAUCGUUAGUGACAUAAAGAACACAAAAGGCGGAAGUAGAUAUUACAAGAUGUGUUCAUGCGCAUCGCUUCUUUGUAAAUAUUAUGUUGAUGUGCAAUAAAGAA